GUCAGAGGUUAGCAGGUCAAUAUGUUGCAGCGGGAGAAAUCUAACACAAAAAUGACCUGACGAGGAUAAUUUGUACAGGAACAUUUUACAGGUUUAUACUUCUCGACACCAUGGCAUGGCUGGGAGCUGUGAGGAGAACAUGUCAGGCAGCUAUGGAGGGGAGACUGCCCAGGUUGGCAAGGCUGGAUCCCAACAGUACGACCAGGGCAAUGUCCUCAGCAUCUUCCAAGGUCAAUUACGUUGGAAAGCGAACAUUUUCAUCCCCAGUGAGGUGGCAGCAAACAAGAGGCUUCCUGUGUUCUGCUGCACGAGGCAGUAAGCUGGAGGCGUCCUGGGAGGUGCUGAGGGCGCAGCUGCAGGUGUCUGUGCAGGCAGGUGGUGCGCAGGUGCAGGUGCAGUGGGACGACUCGCUGGAGAGCACCACCAGGUACAGUAGCACGUGGCUGAGGUACCACUGCCACUGUCUCCAGUGUAAGCAGGACCACAGCGGGCAGCGACUGCUCAACCCCCUGUCUCUGCCAGACACACAGGAGGUCAGCAAGGCAUGGGUAGAUGAUGAGGACCGUGCCCUGCACCUGGUGUUUGCAGGGGAGCCUGACCAUGUAGCAGUGUUACCACUGGGCUGGCUGUGGAAGAACUCUUACUCACAGGAACAUAGAAGACAGCGGGCAGAAAACAGAAGGCCACUAGUACACCAGAACGGGUUUCCUGAAAUCUCCUAUGAAAAGCUGUUGACUGGGAACAAGUCAGUUUUACUCAGGUGGAUGCAGGACAUCAGUGACUAUGGAGUCUCACUUGUCAGAGACGUUCCUACAGAAUUGGGAACUGUGGCAAAGGUUGGAGAGCUCAUUGCCCCAGUACAGCAGUCUAUUUAUGGAAAUGUGUUUGAUGUGGUGUCCACAGAGAAGCCCAUCAACGCUGCAUACUCCAACGUUGGGCUGGAGUUCCACAUGGAUCUGAUGUACUACGAGUCUCCACCUGGGCUGCAGCUGCUCCACUGUGUCAGGUUUGAUCCGGAGGUGUCAGGAGGGGAGAGUGUACUACUGGAUGUGUUCCCUGUGGUGGAACAUCUCAGAGUGCAUUAUCCUGACGACUUUGACACGCUGGUGCGAGUGCCUGCAACCUUCCACAAAAUUCACUUCGACAGAGAAUACCCAGUUUGCAUGAGGUACCAAAGACCCCACAUAGUCCUCAAUCCAGAUAAGGAGGUGAUAGCUGUGAACUGGGCUCCACAGUUUGAGGGUCCCCUGUCAGUGCCAGAGGAUGAUGUGGAGGCAUACUACAAGGCCUACAGGAGGUUUCUACAAGCCAUGCAGGACUCUCCACUAAAGAAGGAGAGACGUUUGGAAGCUGGAGACUGCAUAAUCUUCAACAACCGGCGCAUGCUGCACUCACGGAGAGCCUUCACGCUGGCACCUGGAACUAUCAGACACCUGCAGGGCUGCUAUAUCAACAUUGACGAGUUCAAGAGCCAGGUCCAGGUCCUCUCCACACUAGUAGGCAACGGGAGUGAAGCCAGAAGGGUCGGCAACCAUGACUUCUUCUAAAACAGCAACAAGCCUGCAUGUUCCUGCUUGUUUCUCAUCCUGAAAAUGGAUUUUUACUUGGGAAGACAAGACAAAGACUAGUUGAUCAGCAGAGAAGGGUGUUUUGUGGUGGUUGUGCUGGUGUGAUCAAUUGUAGUGCUUCACUUUUUUUUCUGCUGGCUGCUAGCUGCUACUUUUAAUACAACUUAAGUUGGAGAGUGGUCUCUGUUGUUGCUGCUGCUACUAGUAGUUAAGAAAUUACUUUGUGGACCAUAAAGUGUUAUUAUAUAGGUGCAUGAAACCUCUCCUCUUAUACACUAGUACUUACCAAUAAGAGAAAAGGUGACCUCUGGGUUUGGCUUGACACUAAUGAAGAUUUCAAGGGCCUUGUCCACUUUUUGUUUGGAGCUGAUGUUUGGACAUCCCAGCAAAGGAGGGGUGACCUAAUUAAGCAAGUGAUAUACUUAGCUGAAAACAGGAGCUGUGGCAAAUGCAAAUUGCACUAGUACAGUAGAAAAAGCAUCAUCAAGAGAGGAUGGUCACCUUAUUUUACCUUUACUUCUUAUUUGAAGUCACAUUUCAAGUUGUUUUUACAAACUCAGAAUGUGUUGUUAUUACUAUUUAGUUUCAUUUUAGAAUCUACAACAGCCUUUAGUGUAAUACUAUUUCUGUAUUACAUUCAUUGAGUUCAGGAUCAUGACAGAAAGAUAGAGACAGACAGAUAUAGAUAGAUAAUAUAUAAGAAAACAUCAGUGAAAAGCUUACCUACUUAACGUUUGAAAUGCUGCCAGUUUACCUUAAGGUUGCCACAAGUGACACAUCAGCCAUUGUCUUGUUGCACAAGCCAUGAUACUUAGUAUUUUAUUAUGUACAGUUGGGCAUGGUGUGUUGACUUACAGUCAUACUUGUUAUAUGUAUAUCAUAGUUAUCAACAUUUGUUGAAGUAUCACUUAACAUAUUUUUGCAUAAGCUUCAGCAGGGAAAUGAUGUCCUCAGGGUAAAUAUGAUAUAAUUAGCUACAGAUAAGAAAGUAAAAUAGUCAUUUUACAUAAAGGCAAAGUACAAUGCAAAAUGUCAGAAGUUUUCAAUGCCGUCACUUAUGCUGAGGUCCCAAUUCCAAACCGGGGCCCGGCCGGGCAGUCUUAUGGCUCUUAUGGAACGAAAAGUAUGAUAUAAUAGACAACAAAGCAAAGAGCAGUUGAGAAAAUUGAUAACGGGAACUAUUUAAGUAUAUUAAUGAUAUAAAUUGUUGAUUUAUCGUUAAUCGAAACAGCCCGGCCGGGCCCCGGUUUGGAAAUGUGACCUCAGCAUUACUAGGUUUCCAAUACAUGACCUCAGCUCGAUUGCACAAUGUCUUUUGUGGAACAUUUCUGCUAUUUUAUGAUGCUACAUGUAUCACUGAUUGGUGACAAUGUAUACUAGUAUUUAUAAUUAUUGGAUGUGAUGGGCUGAAAUAAUUGAUUAUUAUUAAAGUGGUGUUUGAUUAUGA